GCCGCCGCCGCCGCGAUGAUGGGCAAGCAGCGCCCCUCCUCCUUGUUUAAGAAGCCGGGCAGCGACCGCACCAAGGGCUCGUCGCUGGCCGCCGACAGCAUCGUGGACGACGUCAUCGCCGAGUUUGCCCCCGACGAGAACGACCGAGAGGAGCGUCGUCGUCGUGUUGGUAGGAUCUCUGCCCCGACACCGUUGCCUGUUCCAGUUCCCCAAAUUAAGGCAAUCCAGGCAGCCUUACAUGCUGAAAUGGAGGUUAGAUCGGAUGGUGCGUUCGAGGCUGAUGGGGUUUCAGACCAUGGAAGCGAUAUGGAGGUAGAAUUGCAGCCAGAGCUGGAACUGAAGCCUGAUGUGGAAAUGCAACCCAAACUAGAAGCAGCUCCAGGUUCUAGUGCGGAAUUGGUGGAUGAGAAUAAGAGCUCGGAGGAACUGAAGCAGGAGGCUAAUGGGGAAGUGAAAAUAGAGAAGGUGCGCCGGUUAAACGCUAAGAUUAAGGCAGAGGGCACCAGAAAUGGUGAUAUGUUGAGUGCAACAGCAUGUUGGAUGAAGAUAUGUGGGGAUGGGGAGAAUGCAGGAGGCAAGGGAGAAGUGACUGUUCAUGAUGUCGUCGAUGUGGAUGAAAGCUCGGAGUUUGAGCUGAAGGAUGGAGCCCUGCCGUUCUAUUUGCUGGAUGCAUAUGAGGAGCCCUUUGGUAUCAAUUCAGGCACAGUCUAUUUGUUUGGGAAGGUUGUAAGAGGCAAGCGCUUCCACAGUUGCUGUGUUGUUGUAAAAAAUAUGCAAAGGUGCAUAUAUGCAAUCCCAAGCAGUUCAGUAUUCCCAAGGGACACAAUAUCAAGGAUAGAGAGGAAUUCCACAAGUUCUGAUGCUUCGCCAUCACUUCGAGCAACUUUACAUGAGUUGUCAUCUGGACUAAAGAGUGAAAUAGCUGACAAGUUGUCUGACCUCAAUGUUUCAAAUUUUGUGAUGACUCCAGUCAAGAGGAACUAUGCAUUUGAGAGGACCGAUGUACCAAUCGGUGAGCAGUAUGUCCUGAAAGUCAAUUACCCAUACAAGGAUCCUGCGGUACCAGCUGACCUUAGAGGUAAAUAUUUCCAUGCGUUACUUGGGACAAACAAUAGUGCACUUGAACUGUUUCUCAUCAAAAGGAAGAUCAAGGGUCCUUCAUGGUUAUCGAUUUCUAAAUUUGUGGCAUGUCCAUCUACUGAGCGGGUCAGCUGGUGUAAAUUUGAAGUUACAGUCGAAUGCCCAAAAGACAUUUCUGUUUUGGUGACAAGUACCACACUGGAAGUCCCCCCAGUUGUAGUUGCGGCUGUUAAUCUUAAAACUAUCAUAAAUGAGAAACACAACGUGCAUGAGAUUGUGUCAGCAUCGGUCAUAUGCUGUCACCAAGUAAAAAUUGAUACUCCAAUGCGUUCUGAAGAUUGGCAGAAACGGGGAACGAUCAGCCAUUUUACUGUUAUGCGCAAGCUUGAAGGAAGCAUAUUUCCUAUAGGCCUCACCAAAGAAGCUUCUGAUAGGAACCAGAAGGCUGGUAGCAACGUGCUGGCACUAGAGAGCAGUGAACGUGCUUUGUUAAAUCGCUUGAUGAUUGAGCUUGGUAAACUUGAUUGUGAUGUACUUGUGGGGCACAACAUUUCGGGAUUCGACCUGGAUGUCCUUCUGCACCGUGCUCAGACCUGCAAAGUACCAAGCAGCAUGUGGUCCAAAAUUGGCCGCCUUAGAAGAUCAGUAAUUCCCAGGCUUACCAAAGGAAACACACUAUAUGGUUCUGGGGCAAGUCCAGGAAUUAUGUCCUGCAUUGCUGGCCGUCUCCUCUGUGACACCUACUUAUGCUCUCGUGAUCUUCUGCGGGAGGUGAGUUAUUCUCUGACACAACUUGCAGAGACUAUACCUCCAAUGUUCCAAUCAUCGGGAACGCUUCUAAAGCUGGUUGAGUACGGUGAGACUGACGCAUGUCUUUCUUUGGAGCUUAUGUUCCACUUGAGUGUUCUCCCGCUUACACGCCAACUGACAAAUAUUAGUGGUAAUCUGUGGGGGAAAACUCUCCAGGGUGCUAGAGCUCAGAGGGUAGAAUAUCUACUGUUGCAUUCAUUCCAUUCAAAAAAAUUCAUUGUACCAGAUAAGUUUGCUGCAUGCAAGGAGCUGAACUCUGCAAAACGAAAACUUAAUGCUGAUACGGGAGGUGGAAACGCUGUUGAUCCUUCCAUUGAUGAUGAGGUGCAUCAUGGUGAUCCAGGUAAAGUAAGAAAAGUCCCUUCAUAUGCUGGUGGUUUGGUUUUGGAGCCUAAAAAAGGUCUAUAUGACAAGUAUAUUCUACUUCUGGACUUCAACAGUCUUUAUCCUUCAAUAAUUCAGGAAUUCAAUAUCUGCUUCACCACUGUUGAGCGUUCUUCUGAUGGCAAUCUCCCUAACCUUCCAACUUCAAAGGCUACUGGUGUUUUGCCUGAGUUGUUGAAGAGUUUGGUGGAGAGGAGAAGAAUGGUUAAAUCCUGGCUCAAAACCGCCUCUGGUCUCAAAAGGCAGCAGUUUGAUAUUCAGCAGCAAGCUUUGAAGCUCACCGCAAACAGUAUGUACGGUUGCUUGGGCUUUACUAGUUCUAGGUUUUUUGCAAAGCCACUUGCCGAGCUUAUUACCCUGCAAGGUAGAGAGAUCUUACAAAACACUGUUAAUCUGGUUCAGAAUAAUUUAAACUUGGAGGUUAUUUAUGGUGACACGGACUCCAUAAUGAUAUAUACUGGACUGGAUGACAUCUCCAAGGCAAAAUCAAUUGCUGGAAAGGUCAUUCAGGAGGUGAACAAGAAGUACCGUUGUCUGGAGAUUGAUCUUGAUGGUGUAUACAAAAGAAUGUUGCUUCUCAAAAAGAAGAAAUAUGCUGCCAUUAAAGUGGCACUAGAUGGUAGUUUACGAGAGAACAUUGAGCGCAAGGGACUUGAUAUGGUCAGGCGUGAUUGGAGUUUGCUGUCAAAAGAAAUUGGUGAUUUUUGCCUGAAUCAAAUUUUGUCUGGAGGGACAUGUGAUGAUGUUGUUGAGUCAAUACAUAAUUCUCUCGUCCAGGUCCAAGCACAGAUGAAAAGUGGUCAAAUAGAGCUUGAAAAAUAUAUCAUCACAAAGAGUCUAACGAAAGCACCAGAAGAUUAUCCAGAUGCUAAAAACCAGCCUCAUGUCCAGGUUGCUUUAAGACUGAAGCAAAAUGGUUUCUCUGGAUGCUCUGCAGGUGAUACCGUUCCUUAUAUUAUUUGCUCACAACAGGAUUCAGAUAAAACACAUUCUGGGGGAAUUGCUCAAAGAGCUAGGCAUCCGGAUGAGUUAACACGAGACCCCAACAAGUGGAUGAUUGACAUCGAGUAUUAUUUGUCACAGCAGAUUCAUCCUGUGGUUUCUCGACUGUGUGCUUCAAUUGAGGGUACUAGCCCAGCCCGACUGGCUGAAUGUCUUGGACUUGAUUCCUCCAAGUUUCAAUCAAGAUCGACCGGGUCUAGCAACGAAGAUAUGUCUAGCAUGCUCUUAUCUGUAACUGAUGAUGAAGAAGAGAGAUAUCGUGGCUGUGAGCCGAUGCGCCUAUCAUGCCCAUGCUGUACCAGUACCUUCGAGUGUCCCCCUGUAUCCAGUCUGAUUGCUAGUUUAUCAGAUGCAAAUGAAGGAAAAGAUGCUAUUGUGAAUUUCUGGCGUCGGAUGCGAUGCCCAAGAUGUCCAGAUGAUACUGAUGAGUGCAGAGUUUCUCCUGCUGUGAUUGCCAACCAGGUUACUACCACUUCCUGUAAUAUGAUCAACCUUCGCUUUCGGCCUAUUUCUUUCCAGUGUGAUGACGAGGGUUGCAAAUAUUCGACUCACAUUGUGAACCUUAGAGUGAUGGGGGAUUCUGAGAGAGGAACCAUCUGCCCGAACUAUCCACAAUGCAACGGCCGUUUAGUAAGACAGUACACAGAGGCAGAUCUAUACAGGCAAUUGUCCUACCUUUGCUAUGUACUUGAUGCAACCCGGUGUCUUGAUAAGUUGGACCAGAAGAUGCGGCUUCCUUUCGAGAAAGAGUUUGCAGUAUUAAACCAAACCAUAAGCUCGGCAUUUCUGGAGAUUCAGAAAAUCCGAGACAGAUGUGCUUUUGGAUGGGUUCAGUUGACAGAUCUAGCAGUGUCAAUCUGAUAAGCUACUGUUUGCCGUAAUCUCAAGCAUUGCUGGCCGUGGGAUAUUGUGUUGUUGAAACUAGAUUUGUUGUUGAAGGUGACGGAAACUGGAAACCAAGUGAUGACCUUGGCCACUAGCCGCUGGCUGGUUUCCUGGCCUGCAAAGGAUGGAGUUGCCCACAUCAUGUUGCUUUCAAAUACAAAUGUUAUAACUAGUUGUUUCAGAGACCCUCCUCGUCGUUGGUGCCAUCCCUAGAUUUUCAAAAUGUAAAUUAUACUACUGUUGUAAAUAUGUUGCACCCAUAAAUCUCAUGGUUUUGUAGCGAUAUACUUAGAAUACUAAAUUUAUCAGCAUUCCAGUUCUUAUUAUCUGAAAUUUAUCACAA